UGGUGGUGGAUGUUGAAGCGUCGCUUAUAAAAGACUGUCGAAAGGCAAGCUGAUCAGUUCAGUGCUGGUGCAUUGAAAGAACUCGGUCGUGCAUUCAUGAACAUAUAGAAAUCAUGUCGACAGCCGAGCCAGAAAUAAUAACUGCAGCGGCUGCUGCAGCAGCCGCUGGACUAUCGGCAACUACGGUUUUCCUCUCUCUCUUGAUUCCUGCCCUGGUUCUGUACUAUAUCUACUUCAAACUUUCCCAUCGUCAUUUGUUUGAGUUGGGGGAUAAACUGCCAGGUCCUGAUGGCUUACCAUUAAUUGGAAACGCGCUAAUGUUCACAGGCAGCGCUGACACCGUUUUUCGCACCAUAUACAGGAAAUCCUUCGAAUUCGACCAAAUUAUCAGAUUAUGGCUCGGCCCGAAACUGAUGGUCUUCCUGAUGGAUCCGCGCGAUGUCGAGAUCAUUUUGUCUAGCCAGGUCUACAUCGACAAAUCCUCCGAAUACCGGUUGUUCGAGCCUUGGCUGGGCAAUGGACUCCUAAUUUCCACUGGUCCAAAAUGGCGCGCUCAUCGCAAACUAAUCGCGCCGACAUUCCACUUAAACGUAUUGAAGAGCUUCAUCGAUCUUUUCAAUGCCAAUUCUCGCGCCGUCGUGGAAAAAUUACGUAAAGAGGACGGUAAAGAAUUCGAUGUCCAUGACUACAUGUCCGAAUGCACGGUCGAGAUCCUUCUCGAGACCGCUAUGGGUGUUUCCAAGUCCACGCAAGACCGAAGCGGCUUGGAAUAUGCUAUGGCUGUAAUGAAGAUGAGUAACAUUCUACAUUUGCGUCACAUGAAAGUCUGGCUCAGACCUGACUUUUUGUUUAAUCUCACGAAAUACGGAAAGGACCAAAUUCAUUUAUUGGAGAUCAUCCAUGGGCUCACGAAGAAGAUCAUUGCGCGCAAGAAGCAAGAAUACAAGAGCGGCAAACGCAACGUCAUCGAUGUCUCUGCUCAAAAUGGCAGUGCUACUCAAAACGGCAAAGCUAUUCAAAAUGGCAAUGCCAAAAAUAAGGACGUUCCUGUGGAGGGACUUUCCUUUGGACAAUCGGCCAAUUUGAAAGACGAUCUUGAUGUGGAUGAUAAUGACAUCGGCGAGAAGAAGAGGCAAGCUUUCCUCGAUCUGCUGAUGGAAGCUGGUCAGAAUGGUUCUGUCCUCACAGACACUGAGGUCAAGGAACAAGUUGAUACUAUCAUGUUUGAAGGACACGACACGACUGCGGCUGCAUCCAGCUUCUUCUUAUCAGUGAUGGGUUGCCAUCCAGAAAUUCAAGAGAAGGUUAUCCAGGAACUUGACGACAUCUUUGGCGAUAGCGAUAGACCAGUGACAUUCCAGGACACAAUGGAAAUGAAAUACCUCGAACGGUGCCUCAUGGAGACUCUUCGAAUGUACCCACCCGUGCCGCUUAUCGCUCGUACAAUCAACACCGACUUAAAACUUGCAUCGGGAGAUUACACAAUCCCAGCCGGAUGCACAGUUGUGGUGACGACCUUCAAGAUGCACCGACAGCCACAUAUCUAUCCGAACCCGGAAGUUUUCGAUCCCGACAACUUCCUACCUGAGAAAACCGCCAAUCGACAUUACUACGCUUUCGUGCCGUUCUCCGCCGGGCCGCGUUCUUGCGUGGGUCGCAAAUAUGCUAUGCUAAAGCUGAAAAUCAUCCUGGCCACCGUCAUGAGGAAUUUCCGCGUCAAGUCAGAUAUCAAAGAGUCUGAUUUCCGACUCCAGGCCGAUAUCAUCCUUAAGCGAGCCGAGGGCUUUAAAAUCAGAAUGGAACCGAGAAAAUUGGUGGCCGCCACCGCUUAAACAGCGCUUUCAAAUUCCGUUUGCGUAGGAGUAGAGGUGAUAGAGAGUAGCGUAUCAUGGAGGAGAAGCGGACUUUGCACCUUUCGAAUUUCAAUCAAAGCGAAAAACGCAAAAAAAAAGACGCAUUAAAAAACCGCAUUUCGCUUGCGUGGAUUGCGUGCGCAGAUCACAUACACGUAUGUGAUGCACAUACUUGUAUGUUACUGAUCUGUGGUCGUUAACUAUUGUAUGACUUAUUGCUCUUGUGUUGAUAUUUAUCUCUUGCAAUAAAAUGCGGUGUACGCGCUGCGAAAUCUGAAA